AUGGCCCUACAGGAGGACGAGAACACCUGGGUUUUAGAACUGGAAGCAGCGCUUUUAGAUACGGAAGCACCGUCAGCAUCUGAUAUUUAUGCUAUUUGUAAAGGCCAACCAGUACCUGCUAAUUUGAGACCAGAUGUCUGGCUGGCUUGCCUUUAUGUUACUGAUCGAGGUGAUCAAUUGAGUCAGUUUAAUGAAGUUUAUGAUUUACCUGAACAAAAUAUAAUUCGCGAUGACUGUCAACAAUUGGUUGAGAAACUUGGGAAUGAUGAUGAAGAUAAAGUCUCUGUGGUUUCUGAUCUUGAAUCUAUAUUAACGUUUUAUUGUAAAAGUAAAUGUAAACAAUAUGAAAGAGGGAAUGGAUGGCUAGAACUACUAGGUCCUUUAAUAGCUUUAAAAUUACCACGUGCCGUAAUUUAUAAUCUUUUUGAGGCAAUAAGAGAUAUCUAUAUUCCAAGAGGUGAAACAUACAGUUCAGUCUUAAGAUUGCUGCUUCUUUAUCAUGAGCCAGAACUGUGCUCGUUCUUAGAUACGAAAAGGAUAUCACCUGACCAAUAUACGAAAGUAUGGAUGAAUACCCUUUUCGCUGGCGUUUGCUCAUUACCAGCAAUAUGUACAAUGUGGGAUUUAUAUUUUAUGCAAGCUGAUCCAUUUUUCAUGCUAUUUCUUUCACUUAUUAUGGUUAUAAAUGCCAGAGAGCAAAUUUUGAGUAUGAAAGACGAAGACAAACAAAAUAUAAUAGAUGCAAUAGCAGUAAUGCCGUGUGCUUUGGAAGCAGAGGACGUAACUGAUUUUUGUUCUUUAGCACAGUAUUAUGCAAUGAAAACACCAACAUCUUUCAAACAAGACUUAUAUCCCAUUAUGUUCGGUGAAAAUUCCGAUGAGAAGUUAAUAUCUCAUGCAUUAUGUUUACCCGUAUCAGCGCAAGAAUUAGUAGAAAAUGCUAUUGAAGUUCCAUCCAUACCUAGUAGUGCCGUCGAGGCUGUUAGAUUCUUUUUGGUGGAUUGUAGACCUGCUGAACAGUAUAAUGCAGGUCAUUUGCCAACAGCAUUUCAUCUUGAUUGUAACUUGAUGCUGCAGGAACCUGCUGCGUUCGCCACCGCAGUGCAAGGCUUACUACAAGCUCAGCGUCAAGCGUUAGCUGUUGGUUCGCAAGCUGGUGGAGAACACCUCUGCUUUCUGGGAAGUGGUAGACAAGAGGAAGAUCGUUAUACACAUAUGGUAGUGGCAUCCUUCUUACAAAAACAUACACAAUACGUGAGCAUGGUUACUUCUGGAUAUCAGGCUAUUCAUGAAUAUUUCGGUGACGAAGUAGUGUCGAGUCUCGUUGAUCAUAAUUCACAACAUUGUCUGGUGUGCAAUGCUAAUAUAUUAGAGGAAAAUUCAAACGAGGCAAGCCCUGUCAAAGUCAAAAAUAAUAAUUCCGAUCUUUUGGGCAAGAUUGGAUUAGCUAUGAAGUUGAAAAGUCAGGAAGUAAAGGGAAAGCUGUUUGAUUAUAUCGUCAAUCCUACGGCAAACGUCAAUAGUAAUACAGAAAAAAGAGAUAGCAAAGAUUUGGAUUAUAUUAAACGUCAGAGAAAAACCGCACCUGUGUUUAGUAUAGAUGAUGAUCAAGAAAUAGAUAUGACAAUGACUAAUAAUGAAAGUGAAGAGCCUAUCGAAGUAGUAUCUAUACAACAAUGGAUGAAAGAUCCUAAAUUAUUACAUUCCUUUAAAUGUCAAGAGGUGAAAGUAAAUGGCGAUCUCUGUGAUAGUCAACUAUUGGUUACCGAUAGUCAUCUUAUAGUACUGCGUGAAAUCCCAGAACGAAAAGGCGCUGCGCACGUAAUCGUGAAACGUCCCUUGACGAGUAUCGUUAAAAUAACGUCAAGGAAACGACACGCCGAUCUAAUAACUUUCAAAUACGGUACGACACAAUAUAACGAUACAGUUAUUUCCGACAUGGAUAAGUUUCUUAUACCCAACGCAAGUGAAGCGACUAGAUUGAUCACGCAACAGAUCAUGAAACAAUUAAAAACAUCUGAUUAAUAUUACGGAUACAUAUUUUAUAGAAUAAUUUCAAGCUAAUGUACAGAUAUUAUAAAGUUCAAUUUAUGUCCAUAUAACAUUUCACUUUUAAUCGACCGGAUGAUUUUAUCAUUUAGAUACGGUAACUUUUUUAAAUAUCAUGAUAUGACUGAUCUAAAAACCAAUGCGUUCAUAACUUUGUAAAUCAUGUUUAUAAUAAUUAUUGUUAGCCAAAUAAGAAUAUAUUACAUUUUUAACAGAAAUAUCUAAAGGCCUUCUACCUUUUGUUGUGUGACAGUCUAAAUAAAAUUUUUGUAAUGCUAAUGUAGCCAAGACUUUAAUUAGACUGAGAUUCUGUAGGAAGGAAAUGCUAAAAAUCUAACAAAGAGCUAAAAAAA